AUGAUAAAUAAAAAUGAUUUAUUUCAUUAUGAAAAUAUUUUCAAGAACAAAAAUAUAAAUAUUAUCGAUAAAAUAAAAGAGAAAAAAAAAAAUUUUGAAGGAUCUAAUAUUUCAAAUUUAGAUGUAGUUCAUGAAGAUAAAGAAUUGUUAGUACCUUUGAGUAAUUCAAAUUGUGAAAAUGUUGUUAAUAUCUCUAAAAGUACAAAUGGAUAUAAUAAAGAUAGUGUUAUAUUAAGAGAAAAUGAAAGAUAUGAAUAUCACACAGAAUCAAAUAUAAAAUUAAUAAAUAGUAUCAAUAUAGACAACAAUUUUAAUGAAAAUAGAAAAAACAGCAAAGAAUUUUUACAAGAAACUUCAAAUGGAUAUAAAUGUACACAAUCAUUAGAAAACUCAACAAAUACUUAUAAUGAAAAUUUUCGUAUUAGAAAAAAUAAAACAAAAGAAAAGCUAGGAGAUUUUAAAACAAAAAAGAAAAACGAUUUAUCAUCCCUUUUUGAUGAUUUUUCAAAUAAAUCUUUAAAUAAAAAAGAGAAUAUUAUAUUUGAUACAAGUAUAAAUUGUUUAUCUUUUAAUAACGAUGAUAAAAAAUUAGAAAAAGAAAAUAAUGAAUAUAAUAAUGUAAAUAAUGAAUUUAAUAAUAUAAAUAAUGAAGUUAAUUUAAAUAAUGAAAAUAAUACUUUAAUUUAUGAGGUUAAUAAUGUAAAUAAUGAAUAUAUAAAUGUAAAUAAUGAAUUUAAUAAUGUAAAUAAUGAACUUAAUAAUGUAAAUAGUGAAUUUAAUAAUGUAAAUUAUGAAAUUAAUAAUUUAAAUAAUGAAAAUAAUACUGUUAAUUAUGAAUUUAAUAAUGUAAAUUAUGAAAUUAAUAAUUUAAAUAAUGAAAAUAAUACUGUUAAUUAUGAAUUUAAUAAUGUAAAUUAUGAAGUUCAUAAUUUAAAAAAUGAAAAUAAUACUGUUAAUUAUGAAUAUAAUAAUGUAAAUAAUGAAGUUAAUAAUUUAAAUAAUGAAAAUAAUACUUUAAUUUAUGAGGUUAAUAAUGUAAAUAAUGAAUAUAUAAAUGUAAAUAAUGAAUUUAAUAAUGUAAAUAAUGAAUAUAUAAAUGUAAAUAAUGAAUUUAAUAAUGUAAAUAAUGAAGUUAAUAAUGUAAAUUAUGCAAAUAAUAAUGUAAAUAAUGAAUUUAAUGUAAAUUAUAAAGUUAAUAAUAUAAAUAAUGAAUUUAAUAACGUAAAUAAUGAAUUUAACAAUGUAAAUUAUGAAGUUAAUAAUGUAAAUUAUGAAAAUAAUAAUGUAAAUUAUGAAGUUCAUAAUUUAAAAAAUGAAAAUAAUACUGUAAAUUAUGAAGUUCAUAAUUUAAAAAAUGAAAAUAAUACUGUAAAUUAUGAAUAUAAUAAUGUAAAUAAUGAAGUUAAUAAUGUAAAUUAUGAAGUUAAUAAUGUAAAUUAUGAAUUUAAUAACGUAAAUAACGAAGUUAAUAAUUUAAAUAAUGAAUUUAAUAACGUAAAUAACGAAGUUAAUAAUUUAAAUAAUGUUGUAAAUUAUGAAUAUAAUAAUAUAGAUAAUAAAUCUGAUAAUAUAAGUAGUGAAGUUAAUAUUAUAGAUAAUAAAUAUUAUUAUACUAAUAAAAUUAAUAGUAGUAAUAAUGAUUUAAGUUUAAAAAAUGAAAAGGAAUACAUUAAUAUUCCAAAUAAUAAAGAAGUAACUCAUAUAAAUGAUAUAUAUGACUUACAUAAUGAUAUAGGUAAAGGCAAUUUUCUAAAAAAUCCCAAUAUUUUAUUUGAUGAUGUUUCAAAACUAGAUAUAAAAGAUAAUUAUAUUGAAAAGAUAUUUAAAGAACAAAAACACAUUGAUAAUAAAGAAAAUGAAAAUUUUUAUGAUAAUAAUGUAAUUAAAAGGAAAGAUGUAAGUGAUAAUUUAGUAGAAAAAGAUACAUUUAAGGAAAAUAAAAUUAUUUUAUCAAAUAGCACCAAUGAAAAUUUACAAAAAAAUUCUAUUUGUUUUUGUUUUGGACAUAAUGGAUUAUUUUUUUAUAGUAAAAAAUCUGUUAUUAAAUUUCAAUAUCUAAUAAACAUAGUUGAAAAAAAAAUUAAAAAAAAAAAAGUAAAUAAAUCAAAUAAUAUAGAUGAAUAUUUACAUUGUAUAAAAAAUUUUCCUGGUCCUUUUAGUAGAAAAAAUAAUAAAAUAGAUGAAAAAAUAAAAAAUUUUUUGAAUGGCUAUAUUAAUUUUAAUAAAUUAAAAUUUGAAGCAAAUAUAUUUGAAUUUACACAAAAAAAUUGCUUAUAUAAACAUUUAUUAAAUAUAAUAAAUAAACCACAUUUGUUAAAUUUUAAUUUACAAAAUAUUAAAUGUGAAAAAAAUGUGAAAAGUAAUAGCAAAAAAAAACAUAAUAUUUCAUAUUUUUUAGAUAAUUAUCUUCAUAAUAAUAAUAAUAAUAAUGAAGAUACAAAUUCUUCCGAUAAUUCUGAUAAUACUUUUAACAAAAAGGAAAUUGAGCAUUUUCAAAUAAAUGAAUAUGAAGAAACAAAAGAUAAUGAAAAAAAUAGAUAUAAAUUUUUUAAAAAAAAUGAAGAUGAAAAUGAAAAUGAAAAUGAUAAAUAUACCGAAAUAUAUAAUAAUAAUAUAAAUAAUAUUUAUAUAAAUAAUUAUAAAUAUGAAUUUUUUGAUUUCAUAAGUAGAGAAUUUAUUGAAGAUUUACAUAAAUUAGAAAAUAAUGAGAAAAUUACAAUUGAAGACAUUUAUUUAGAAUAUUUUCAUCUAUGUAUAUAUAACAGUAAAAAAGCUACUCAACUAUGCUUAAAAAAAGAAUUGUACAAAUAUUUCUUUUUAAUUUUAAAAAAAUAUAAUAAAAAAAAAUAUUAUAAAAUGUUAGAUAAAUAUAUAAGUCAUAUUAAUACAUCAACUAUUAAUGAAAUAGAGAUGAAAAAUGAUAUGAAAAACAUUUACAAAAUUUAUAAUUAUAACAUAUAUGAUGAUGUUUUUACCGAAUCUUUUGUUUUCUUUAUGUGUUUAAUAAAUAACAAAAAUAUGAUUUUUAAAAAAAAUAUUUUAAUUAAUUAUUGGUAUUCUUUUUUUACUCUAAUAUUUCACAACUUUAUUUUUCAAUUCAAAGAAAACGAAAUAAAUUAUAUGGAUUAUAAAGAAGACAUUAUAAAUUUUUUUAUAUAUUUAAUAAAUUUGUUAUACGAAAAUAAUAAAACAAAAGAAUCACAAUUUUUGCUUUUACUUUUAUCCAAUAGUCCUUUUUCUUUUCAUUUAGAAAAUGAAAAACUCUCCCAAAAGAUAAAAUUUAGUAAUAAGCUUCUUGGGUCUAAUUCAAACUAUUCAUACUUUGAUAUUUUUUCAUUUCAAGUUAGUGAUAUAUAUGAAUAUUUAUGUAGAAAUGUGCAAGAUAAUUUUUUUUAUGAACAUUUAAUUUUUUUUAAAAUAUUAUACACCUACACUUUACUAGAAUGGGGAUUACUUAAUCAAGCAAAACAAUAUGUCGAAAUUUUAUUUUAUUAUAUAGAUGUAAUAAAAAGUCAAAAAAAAAAUAACUAUUUAGUUUAUUUAUAUGAUACUUUAUUAGAUAAAACAAAAUAUAUAUUUUCAUCAAAAGAAAAUUUGUUAAUAGAUAGGAAUAAAUUCAAUGAUAAUAAUAGUAUUUAUAAUUUCAAAGUAAUAUCUUUUACAUCAUCAAAGGAAAAUGAAAAUAUUUGUACUAAUGAUAAUAUAGAAAUAUAUCAAAUGGAAAAAAAUAAUUAUAUUGAAAAUAAUAAAAAAGACAAUUAUAAUUUUAAUGAAAAAAAGAACGAUUUUUUAAAUUAUAAUAAUAGACAAAAUAAAGCAAUAAAUAAAGCAAUAAAUAAAGCAAUAAAUGAAACAGAAACAGAAACAGAAACAGAAACAGAAACAGAAAUAAAAAAUAUAAAUGAUAAUGAACAACAUAAUAUAACUAAAAACAUUUUUGAAAAUGAUAAUCCAUACUUCAAUAAAAAUGAAAAUAAGAUAUCUUUUCAUAAUGAUUUGAUUUAUGAAGAUAAUAAUAAUGUAUUCAUAACUGAAAACAAUUUAUAUUUAUCCACUUCUAAUAAGAUUAAUUCAGAGUACGAUAGUAAGGAAAAUGAGAAUAAUCAUUAUAUAAAUGGAGUUGAACUAAACUCAGAAAAUAUUAAUCAAUUUGAUAAAAUAAAUGAGAAAUAUUCACAAGAAAAGUUCAUGAAUGAAAAUUAUUUAUAUUCUCAAAAUUUUAACUCACAAAAUGUACCUAAUAAUAUCCAAAACUAUUAUGAUAUUUCCAACCAUAAAGAUAUGAACAGAGAAUCCUCAAAAAAUGAUAAAAGUCUUAAUAAUCAAACUGAAUGUAAUUUAAAUAUACAUGAACAAGAAUUAAAUAAGAUUAGAGGAACUCUUAAAGAAAAUAUCAUAGAUGAAGAAAAGCAAAAGUAUCAAUGGAAUAACAAUGAAUUGAAUAAGGAAGAAAAUAAUAAAAAUUUAAUUGUUAAUAAUAGCACUACUAUAACUAGUCAAAAUAUAAAUAACAAUUUAUAUGAUAAUUGUUAUAAUAAAGUACAAAAUAAUAAUACAUUUAACACAGAUGAAGGAUACAAUGAAAAAAAUGUAAAAGAAAAUUAUUUAAAUGAUAAAAAAGAUGAUGUAGACCAAAAUAUAUUUAAUCAUAAUAAUGUUUCACAAAAAUCAUUGCAAGAUGGGUCUAAUGAAAAUAAUAUGGAUAUAAUUAAUUUAGGAAAAAAUUUAAUAUCUGGUUUUUUUUCAAACAUAAAAGAAAAAAUAAAAAAAACAGAAGUGAAAGAAGAUAAUUUAUUUUAUUAUGAUUAUGAGAAAAAGAAAUGGAGAGAAAGAGGAGUUACUUCUGAUGAGGAAAAAGAAAGAGAACAACAAAAAUUAAAAAGAGAAAUGGAAAUAAAAAAUAUUGCACCACCUCCUGUAGUAGCUAAUUUUGCAAAUAGAAAUAAAAGCCCAUUAAAUAUUACUGAUGUACGUAGUAGAUAUGUAGACUAUUUUAAUUAA